AUGAGAUUUUUUGUCGACCAUUCUUUCUUUUCCCAUUUUUUUCCCAUUUUUUCGCCUUUCUUUCUUUUCCCAUUUUUUCGCCUUUCUUUCUUUCUUUUUUUUCCAUUUUUUUUUUUUUCCCCUUUUUUUUCUUUCUUUUCCCAUUUUUUUCGCCUUUCUUUCUUUUCCCAUUUUUUUCCCAUUUUUUUCCCCUUUUUUUCUUUUUUUCUUUUUUUUUUCCCAUUUUUUUCGCCUUUUUCGCUUUCUUUCUUUUCCCAUUUUUUUUUUUUUCUUUUUUUUCCCAUUUUUUUUCGCCUUUCUUUCUUUUCCCAUUUUUUCGCCUUUUUCUUUCUUUUCCCCAUUUUUUUUCGCCUUUCUUUCUUUUCCCAUUUUUUUUUUUUCUUUCUUUUCCCCAUUUUUUUUUCGCCUUUCUUUCUUUCUUUUCCAUUUUUUUUCGCCUUUCUUUCUUUUCCCAUUUUUUUUUUCGCCUUUCUUUCUUUUCCCAUUUUUUUUUUCGCCUUUUCUUUCUUUUCCCAUUUUUUUCGCCUUUCUUUCUUUUCCCAUUUUUUCGCCUUUCUUUCUUUUCCCAUUUUUUUUCGCCUUUUCUUUUCCCAUUUUUUUUCAUUUUUUUUCCCAUUUUUUUCGCUUUUUUUUUUCCAUUUUUUUUUUUUUUUUCCCAUUUUUUCCCAUUUUUUCUUUUCCCAUUUUUUUCGCCUUUCUUUCUUUUCCCAUUUUUUUCGCCUUUCUUUCUUUUCCCAUUUUUUUCGCCUUUCUUUCUUUUCCCAUUUUUUUCGCCUUUUUCUUUUUUUUUUUUCUUUUCCAUUUUUUCGCCUUUCUUUCUUUUCCCAUUUUUUUUCCUUUUUCUUUCUUUUCCCAUUUUUUUUUCUUUUCUUUCUUUUCCCAUUUUUUUCGCCUUUUUUUUUUUUUCCCAUUUUUUCGCCUUUCUUUCUUUUUUUCAUUUUUUUUCGCCUUUUUUUCUUUUCCCAUUUUUUUCCCAUUUUUUUUCUUUUUUUUUUUCCCCCAUUUUUUCGCCUUUCUUUCUUUUCCCAUUUUUUUCGCCUUUCUUUCUUUUCCAUUUUUUUUUCUUUCUUUCCCAUUUUUUUCGCCUUUUCCCAUUUUUUCGCCUUUCUUUCUUUUCCCAUUUUUUUUUCCCCUUUCUUUCUUUUCCCCAUUUUUUUCGCCUUUCUUUCUUUUCCCAUUUUUUUUCGCCUUUUUUCUUUCUUUUUUUGCCAUUUUUUUUUCCAUUUUUUCGCCUUUCUUUCUUUUCCCAUUUUUUUUCGCCUUUCUUUCUUUUCCCAUUUUUCGCCUUUCUUUCUUUUCCCAUUUUUUUUUUUUCUUUCUUUUCCCAUUUUUUCUUUUUCCAUUUUUUUCGCCUUUUCUUUCUUUUCCCCAUUUUUUUCGCCUUUCUUUCUUUUCCCAUUUUUUUUCCUUUCUUUCUUUUCCCAUUUUUUUCGCCUUUCUUUCUUUUCCCAUUUUUUUUUCCCAUUUUUUUUCUUUUCUUUUUCCCAUUUUUUCGCCUUUCUUUCUUUUUUUUUUUCGCCUUUUUUUUUUUUUUUUUCUUUCUUUUUUUCCCAUUUUUUUCGCCUUUCUUUUCUUUUCCAUUUUUUUUUCGCCUUUCUUUCUUUUCCCAUUUUUUUCGCCUUUCUUUCUUUUCCCAUUUUUUUCGCCUUUUCUUUUUUUUCCCAUUUUUUUCGCCUUUCUUUUCUUUUUUCCCAUUUUUUUUUCCUUUUUUUUUUCUUUUCUUUUUCCAUUUUUUUUUUCUUUCUUUUUUUCCAUUUUUUUUCGCCUUUCUUUCUUUUCCCAUUUUUUUCGCCUUUCUUUCUUUUCCCAUUUUUUUCGCCUUUCUUUCUUUUCCCAUUUUUUUCGCCUUUCUUUCUUUUCCCAUUUUUUUCGCCUUUCUUUCUUUUCCCAUUUUUUUCGCCUUUCUUUCUUUUUCCCAUUUUUUUUCGCUUUCUUUCUUUUCCCAUUUUUUUCCAUUUCUUUUUUUCCCCAUUUUUUUUCUUUCUUUCUUUUCCCAUUUUUUUCGCCUUUUCUUUCCCAUUUUUCCCAUUUUUUUCGCCUUUCCAUUUUUUUUUUUUUCGCCUUUCUUUCUUUUCCCAUUUUUUUCGCCUUUCUUUCUUUUCCCAUUUUUUUCGCCUUUCUUUCUUUUCCCAUUUUUUUCGCCUUUCUUUCUUUUCCCAUUUUUUUCGCCUUUCUUUCUUUUCCCAUUUUUUUCGCCUUCCAUUUACGUCUCUUUUCCCCCCGUUUUCUAACCCUUUUUUAACCUUUCGUUUUCUUUUGACUAAUAUAUUUCUUUUUUUUUUACUGUGGAAAAGCUCUUUUUAUUUUGGAGGUGUUUUUAGGGCGUUAUUAUUGUGUGUUUUUAGUGGUGCACUUUUGUCCUUUUCUUUCGUCUUUCUUUUGAUUUUUCAUUUACUAAGCAUCUUCUAUUUCUUCACUCUUUAA